GCCCGUUAAGCCCUGGCUGCUAGUUUGGGUUCCGCGAGUUUGUCUCCCCCCUCCCCCGCCGCCGCCGCCGCCGCCAUAUACCUCAUCUCCGUCCCAGUUUCUCCUCCCCGCCCCACUGCUCACACAUCUCGUCGCCUCUCCCGAAUCCGCGUGCCACUAACACCCAAACCGCGCGUCGCUGAGCGCUAGCUUCCGCCCUCUCUCGCCGAACCUCGUCCUCCUCGCCGCGGGCCACUAAUUUCUGUUGGAUUCCGUGGUUGGGUUUGGAUUUGGAGGCAUGGGGGAAGUGGAGGACAUGCUCAAGGACUAUGAGAUCAAGAAGGAAGGCGAGGCCGAGAUCCUCAUGCUCGCGAGUAACGCCGUGUUCUUCAAUCCCGUCCAGGUGCACAACAGAGAUAUGUCCAUUGCUGUGUUAAGGACAUUUGUUGCCAAGCGCAAGGAAGAAUACGAGGAACUGAUGAAUAAAAGGAAUAAUAAGUCUCAUAAAAAAGGCAAUCAGGUUGAAACACCUGUUGUAAAUGGAGACACUGCUUUAACUAGCCAGCAUGAUGAAAUCGGUGUUGUUCAUGAAAAGGAGACAAAUCAGGCUACAAAUGAAAUAGAAGAUCUGUCAAAAGAAGAAACAAAGACACCUUCCAGGAAAGUAACCAGAGAGCUUAAGCCACCAAUUGUUCUUGAGGCUUUAGCUGCUUCUGGGUUGAGGUCUCUCCGUUAUGCUCGUGAAGUUGAUGGAUUAGGAAAGGUAGUUGCUCUGGACAAUGAUAAAGCUUCUAUUGAAGCUUGCAAGAGGAACAUCAAGUUCAAUGGGGCUUCUGCUAUUAGCAAGGUUGAAGCUCACUUGGCUGAUGCUCGAGUUUACAUGCUCACACAUCCAAAAGAAUUUGAUGUGGUUGAUCUUGACCCCUAUGGGUCACCAUCUAUAUUCCUCGACUCAGCUGUACAGGCUGUUGCUGAUGGUGGGCUAUUGAUGUGCACAGCCACUGAUCUGGCAGUACUUUGUGGAACUAAUGGAGAAGUUUGCUACUCCAAGUAUGGUUCCUACCCAGUCAAAGGCAAGUAUUGCCAUGAAAUGGCUUUGAGAAUCCUCCUUGCCUGUAUCGAGAGCCAUGCAAAUCGGUACAAGAGAUAUAUUGUGCCUGUUCUCUCUGUGUAUAUGGAUUUCUAUGUCCGUGUUUUUGUUCGAGUAUUCACUUCUGCAAGUGAAAUAAAGAAUACCCCACUUAAACUUUCUUAUGUAUAUCAAUGUGCCGGCUGUGAUUCUUUCCAUCUUCAGUCCCUUGGGAGGACUGUUACUAAGAAUAAUAGCUUGAAGCAUGCGCCUGGUAUUGGACCUGUUGUUCCUCAAGAAUGCAGCGACUGUGGAAAGAAAUUUAAUGUGGGUGGUCCAAUAUGGUCUGCUCCUAUUCAUGAUCAAGAUUGGGUACUUUCUACGCUGACAGAUGUUAGGCAAAUGAAGGAUAGAUAUCCCGCAUACAACAAAAUUACUUCAGUUCUAACUACUGUAUCAGAGGAAUUGCAUGACAUUCCAUUAUUUUUUAGUCUCCACAACAUAUCUGGGACUGUGAAGUGCACAUCACCAUCUGCAGUUAUGUUCCGGUCAGCGGUUAUAAAUGCAGGAUAUCAGAUCUCAAGCAGUCACUGUAAUCCGCUUGGGCUGAAGUCUGAUGCCCCCUGGGAUGUUAUUUGGGAUAUCAUGCGCUGCUGGGUGAAAAACCAUCCAAUCAAAGAACAGCCGCGUGACUCUCCGGGCACUGCAAUCCUUUCUAAAUCUCCACAGCUAGAAGCAAAUUUCUCUAGAGCAGUUGCUGCCCUCAGCAAGGCUCAGGUUAAGAAGGUGAAUCGGUUCCUUCCAAACCCAGAAAGUCACUGGGGUCCGAAGGUCAGAGCAGGUCGGAGAAUUACUAGCAAGCAUAUCUCUCUGUUAGGCGCAGAGGCUCUCCAUGGAGCUAUGAGCCACCAAGAUGGAAAUGGAGCGGUGACAGAUGAGCCAGCUUCAGAUACUGGAGCGACUGUCACGAAUGAAGAAGAGAAUGAGCCUUCAAACAAACGGCAGAAAACUGGCGAUGGUGAACAGGCCAGCGAACCUUGAUCGACAUGGUCAUCUAAACUCUAAACUUUUGUUCGUUAAUCUUGAUAUCACUAGUUGUUUCUUUCUUAUGAGCCAACAGACUAUUGAUAUUACCUACGGUGACAUGUUUUGGGCAGUGAAUUUUGAUCAGGCGAUAUAUUUUUCUACA